CCGGCGGCUUCUGCUACAAAGGAAAACCGCUCGUUCUUUCUCUCCCACAAACUUGUUGAUUCUAAUAUAAAAGUGGUGUGGAAGAAAACGCGGCUGAAGAGAACCUUAUUCGGUCAACUGCGCCAUAUAACCCCGGUGUGAGCGGAAUAUCGACAGAGAUAAGAAGCUCGCCUCCCCUCUGCCCCGCGAAAGAGGCGGCAUUCAAUAACAGAGCUCACAUAACCUUCCCAUCCCUAUACGAGUUUACAUCCGCCGUCGAAACCACGACCCCGACCGCAGGUUCCACAUACAACGCCCAUCAUGACGACUCCCCGCGCCUUCGUCAUCCGCCACGGCGAGACAGAGUGGUCCCUCAACGGCCGCCACACCGGCAGUACCGACAUCCCCCUGACCGCCAACGGCGAGAGGCGUGUGCGUGCCACCGGCCGCGCCCUCGUAGGGAGCGACCGACUCAUCGUUCCCAAGAGGAUCUCUCACAUCUACGUGUCCCCCCGCAGGCGUGCUCAGCGCACCUUUGAGCUGUUGAACCUCGGCAUCAGCGAUGAGCUCCCUUGGAAGUGCCACGGCAACAUCGACGGCGACGGCCCGUCCUGCAACGCCCACGUCGAAGUCACCGAGGAUAUCCGUGAGUGGGACUACGGCGACUACGAGGGUAUCACGUCUCCAGAGAUCCGCCGCAUCCGUAAGGAGCAGGGUCUCGGCGAGAAUUGGGACAUUUGGCGCGACGGCUGUCCCGGCGGAGAGAGCCCCCAAGAUGUCACAGACCGCUUGGACCGCCUGAUCGAUGACAUACGCGAGAGGUGGCACAAGCCUGUCAUCGGUGACAAGGCUGCGCCCAACGGCGACGUUCUUGUUGUCGCCCAUGGCCACAUCCUCCGCGCCUUCGCCAUGCGUUGGGCCGGGAAGACGCUCCAGGAUGGUCCGGCAUUCCUGCUCGAGGCCGGUGGUGUCGGUACUCUAAGCUACGAACAUCACAACAUCGAAGAGCCUGCCAUUCUGCUGGGGGGCGCGUUCGCUGUUGAUUUCGUCGAGAAGGAUGAGCCAGCGCAGGCAUAGGGGGCAAAAUAGGCUUCAAAGUAACGCUCCAGAGCUAGCAAGCGACCUGACAUGUCCAAACCACCCACGUACGUCAGACUUCCUCGAGACGUCGAGGUGUAACUGGCUAGCAUUCAUCUCGUCGCAGAACGAUCAUGCGUACAUGGACACCUACAUCUUGGUUCCCCGAGCGAUGAACACCCGCCUCUUCAUUCCUUCUUUUCCCUCUCCGUGGCUAUGCCCGUGUUCUUGCCCAUGGCUGUCGCCAUGCUUCUGUCCAUUAUUGUGCUCAUGUCCGUGGCCAUGCCCUCCAAAAACAACCCCGCUGCCGAUCUCUUCCAUGGCAAAAUCUCUGCUGGCGCCGGCCUGCUCAAAGACGGCCCGCAUCCUCUCCCGCGAGAAGCCGUGGUGCACGACCGUAUUGGCCGCCGGCAACGCGGCGUCCGUGGCCCCAUGCGGCAGGAAGUCAAGAAUGACGAAGACGCCGCCGGGCCGCAGUCGCUCGACAAUGCGGCGGGCCGAGAGCUCCGGGUCGGCGAAGUGAUGGAACCCAAGGCCGACGCCGGCGACGUCGAAGUCGUGGAACCGACCGUCGGCGUCAGAUGAGGCAGAGAAGGCCGACGGAUCCGGAUCGGACGGGUCCGUGAGGUCGCCUUGAUAGGCGUGCAUCUCGUCGGUACUCAGGCCCUGCGUUUGAAGAGAGAAGGAAAGCGAAUGUCAGCUUUUCCGUCACUUUCUUUUUGCGAAAAACUUGCGCAGAGUUUCCUCUGGUGCUUGGUCACGCAAUGGCAUCGACCCCGUGCCCGCUGUGACCCGUCUGUCACGGCCGAGAGAGGGCCCGAGACCUGGAGUUGGCAAACAAGAUGGGAUGGGACGGUGAGAUGGUGAGAUGGGGAAGAAGCAAAGGAGCGCAACCAUGUCGAUCUCAGGGCGGGGGUUCCAAGGUCAGCAGGGCUGAGAUGAGACCAACGUGAGGUGUGAGAAGAUGCUUCGGACGGCUGGACUUCUGAACCGCGGUUUCCCCCCUCCCCAUUUAUUCCCUGAUUGUCUGCGCAAACAGAGAGAGUCUAGGCAGAUUUUGAGGCGGACAGUCCGAUCUUGCGUAGCCUCAAAAAACUCUUUUCC